UACAACUUUCUUUCCAAACUUUCAUUUUCGGGUAUUGCAUCCCAACCUCAGGUACCCAAAGAGGGAUGUCGAAUAAUGAAGUGAGGAUUGACGUCGUACCUGAGAUUGAGUUACAUGCCAAGAACGAUGAGCUUGUGACAUCUCCUCCGCAAGAGCAGGCUGUGAGGGAAGCAGCAACUGCAGGAAAUGGUUCUACUCAAGCAAAAGAUAACAAUGGGAAGUCAUCUCCUCCUCAAGAACUGGCUAGAAUGAACUUGGAGAUGACGGCUUCCUCGAAACAUGGGGAUUUGGUCCAAGAGUUGCGAAAUGAUAUUAACAAAAAUUUGGAGUCUGAGCUUGAUCCUGAUCAGUGUUGUAUUUACAAGGUUCCUGAGCCGAUUUGUAGAGUAAAUAAAGAAGCCUACAUUCCUCGAUCAAUUUCAAUAGGUCCUCUUCACCAUGGAAAACUAGAAUUGGCUAACAUGGAAAAGACAAAAAGAAGAUAUAUGAUAAGUUUUUUCCAGCGAACAACAAUUGAGAAACAAGAUGAAAUUCUAAGCUUCAUCAAGGACAAUGAAAAAAAAAUUCGUAGUUGUUAUGCAGAGACAUCUGUGCUUCCAGCUCGUGAAUACGUAAUGAUGAUUUUGUAUGAUGCUAUCUUCAUUGUAGAACUCUUCUUAAGUAAUAUAGUCACUCCAAGUGAUUCAUUGAAAUCUUUAUAUUUUCUAGCCUCAGACUUGCAAUUACUUGAGAAUCAACUUCCAUACUUUGUCCUUGAGGGAAUAUUUGUGUUAGCUUAUGUUGACUCUUGGGAAUACAAAGUUAAACAUUUCACGGAUUGGAAAAGAAAUUCUCUUCUGCAAAACUGGCAGACAUCAGGUCAAGCCGCCACAUUUAUUAGAUAUUUACCAUGUGCAACGAAGCUGCAUGAGUCGGGAGUGAAGUUUAAGAAAAUUGAAGGAGAAGACAUGUUAAUAAGAUUUGAAAAGCAAUUACAUGAAUUGCAACUUCCAUAUUUAUAUAUAGACGAUGAUACUGAACGUGUGCUUAGAAAUGUUCUAGCUUUGGAGCAAUGCCAUUACCCCUGGAAUACUCAUGUUUGCGAUUUUCUGAAGCUAAUGGAUUUCCUAAUCGAUUCUGAGAAAGAUGUGGAUUUGCUUGCCGAACAUGGAAUUAUUUCCUGCUUUGCGAGGGACAAUGCUUCUAUAGCGGAUAUGAUUAACAAACUCUGCCAAUAUAUCGUUUUUGGCCCAAGCCCUUACCAUGAAAUGUGCGUGGAACUCAAAGAACACUGUAACAGUCGUUGGAACAAAACGAUGGCAACUUUAAGAAGAGUUUACUUCAGCAAUCUGUGGAGAGGCACAGGAACUAUUGCGGCAGUUAUACUUCUACUGCUCACUGUCAUACAAACCAUAUGUUCUAUCUUUGAAGUUGUGUGAUUUUCAUUAAUACUUGUACUAGACCUGCUGUUUACUUGUGGUGUAAUUUUGCAUUUUGAGUUGUUUUAGUCUGAAUAAUAAUCAUAUGCUUGCUUACUAUAUGUUUCUCAUCAACUCGGUGUAACAU